CGCGUUGAGGCCGUCCGGCGGCGCUGGGAAGUAGAGACGUUGUUGUGGGUGUUAGUGGUCCUGUGGCGCGGCUUUGCGGGACCAGGACCUUAAAGAUAGCCACAAUGGCCGAAAAUGGUGAUAAUGAAAAAAUGGCUGCUCUGGAGGCCAAAAUCUGUCAUCAAAUUGAGUAUUAUUUUGGUGACUUCAAUUUGCCACGGGACAAAUUUUUAAAGGAACAGAUCAAACUGGAUGAAGGCUGGGUACCUUUGGAGAUAAUGAUAAAAUUCAAUAGGUUAAACCGUCUAACAACAGACUUUAAUGUUAUAGUAGAAGCACUGAGCAAAUCAAAGGCAGAACUCAUGGAAAUAAGUGAAGAUAAAACUAAAAUCAGAAGAUCUCCAAGCAAACCCCUCCCUGAAGUGACUGAUGAGUAUAAAAAUGAUGUAAAAAACAGAUCUGUUUAUAUUAAAGGCUUCCCUGCUGAUGCAACCCUUGAUGACAUAAAAGAAUGGUUAGAAGAUAAAGGUCAAGUACUAAAUAUUCAGAUGAGAAGAACAUUGCACAAAGCAUUUAAGGGAUCAAUAUUUGCUGUGUUUGAUAGCAUUGAAUCUGCUAAGAAGUUUGUUGAGACCCCUGGCCAGAAGUACAAAGACACAGACCUGCUAAUACUUUUCAAGGAAGAUUACUUUGCAAAAAAAAUUGAAGAAAGAAAGCAAAAUAAAGAGGAAGCUAAAUUACGAGCUAAACAGGAGCAAGAAGAAAAACAAAACUUAGCAGAAAAUGCUGAACUGAAAUCUCUAGAAGAAAAGAUUGGCUGCUUGCUGAAAUUUUCGGGGGACUUAGAUGAUCAGACCUGUAGAGAAGAUUUGCACAUCCUUUUCUCAAAUCAUGGUGAAAUAAAAUGGAUAGUCUUUGUCAGAGGAGCAAAAGAGGGAAUAAUUCUAUUUAAAGAAAAAGCUAAGGAAGCACUGGAUAAAGCCAAAGAUGCCAAUAAUGGUAACCUAAAAUUAAGGAACAAAGAAGUGACAUGGGAAGUACUAGAUGGAGAUGUGGAAAAAGAAGCAUUGAAAAAAAUCAUAGAAGAUCAACAAGAAUCCCUAAACAAAUGGAAGUCAAAAGGUCGCAGAUUUAAAGGAAAAGGAAAGGGAAAUAAAGCUGCCCAGGGUGGGUCUGCUAAAGGAAAAGUACAGUUUCAGGGCAAGAAAACUAAAUUUGACAGUGAUGAUGAACAUGAUGAAAAUGGUGCAUCUGGACCAGUAAAAAGAGCAAGAGAAGAAAGAGAUGAAGAAGAACCUGCAUCAAAACAACAGAAAACAGAAAAUGGUGCCGGAGACCAGUAG